AUGACGACGGUUCCACGAAAAGUAAAGGCGAAAAUCCAUGAUCCAGAUGCGUCUAUAACAGAAACCUGGGGAAAGCUCAGCAAUGCAAUCCGCGAAAUCCAUAACCACAAUGCGUCCAAUCUUUCGUUCGAGGAGAACUACCGCUACGCAUACAACUUGGUCCUGCACAAAUAUGGAAAGCAAAUGUACGAUGGCGUGGCGAAACUUAUAAUGGAGAAUAUCGACAAACUUGCUGAGACGGUGGUGAAGCCCACGUUUCCCUCGUCUGUAAACGGUGACCCGGCCCAGAAGAGCCAGGAGGUCGAGCGCUUCCUGAAAGCUGUCAGGGAUAGUUGGGACGAUCAUUUAAGUAGUAUGUCGAAGGUGAAGGGUAUACUCAAGUAUAUGGACCACGUCUAUUGCCCCAGUGCUGGAGUUCCUGUUAUAUGGGACUGUGGCAUGAACUUGUUUCUUUCUCGGAUGAUACAAUCACCCAUUAAGGAACAUAUUAUCAAUGCUAUCCUCAACCAAAUCCAAAUCGAUCGUGAAGGCUAUGCUAUUAAUCGCUCGGCAAUGAAAAGCUGUGUGGAUAUACUCCUGGCUUUGCGCUAUGAGACGGGGACGAGUCGGGUAACCGUGUACAAGCGGGAUGUUGAGCCAGCUGUGCUGAGAGAUAGUGAAGCUUUCUAUAAGGCGGAGGGAGAAAGAUUGCUCACAACUUGCGACAGCGCAGAGUACCUCAGACGCGUCGAGGAUCGAUUUACUCAGGAAGAUGCUCGUGCUAUGCAUUAUCUUUCUUCUCAAACCGCCACACCCUUACGUCAAAUAUUAGAAGACACACUCUUGUCACCUCACCUACCUACCAUCAUACAAAAACCUAAUUCCGGCCUGGACAGCAUGAUUGAUUUAGACCAGAAGGAUAAUUUAGCACGACUUUACCGCCUUUUCGACAUGGUAUCUGCCGGACGUAUAACCUUGAGACGUGCUCUGAAGGACUCCAUUCUUCGACGAGGAACGGAAAUUAAUCAGACGUACGGGGAUGGGAUGGCGCAAGAUACCACUAUCGUUGUUGUUGACGACCCCAAGGGUAAAGGAAAGGCGCGAAAUACUACGGGACAAAACAUAGACACAGCGUCCAAAUGGGUGGAAGAUGUUUUAAGCCUAAAAGACAGAUUCGACCAAUUUUGGAGAUAUUGUUUCAAUAGUGACCGCGAAUUUGAAACGUCGUGUAAUGAGGCUUUCGAGACAUUCAUCAAUCGCAACAAACUUUCAUCCGAAUAUAUUUCCUUAUUUAUAGAUGAGAAUUUGAAGAAAGGUCUCAAAGGGAAAACGGAUCAGGAAGUCGACAUUGUUCUUGAUAAGACAAUCACUGUCUUCCGAUACAUCACGGACAAAGACGUUUUUGAACGGUACUACAAGAUGCAUCUUGCAAAACGAUUACUCCACAAUCGCUCAGUCUCUGACGACGCAGAACGCGGCAUGCUAGCCAAGCUGAAGAUUGAAUGCGGAUUCCACUUUACUCAGAAACUGGAAGGCAUGUUUACAGACAUGAAGGUGUCAGCAGACACAAUGGAAGCUUACAAAAAGCACAUCGCCAAGACUACGCCUCCUGAAAUUGAGAUGUCUGUUACUGUAAUGACAUCGAACGCUUGGCCAAACAACCUCACGCAGAAGCCUCCACCGUGCAAUCUGCCUGAAUGCAUGCGGACGUCUGCAAGCUCGUUCGAGAAUUUCUAUUUAUCACGACAUUCGGGAAGAAAAGUUACCUGGCAGCUAACGCUUGGCACGGUUGAUGUGAAGGUCGCAUUCAAAAACAGAAAACACGAUCUAAACGUGUCGACCCUUGCGAUGGUUAUUCUGUUGCUGUUCGAAGAUCUCCAGGACGGCCAGUUUUUGACAUAUGAGGAGAUCAAAAAGGCAACGGAUUUGCCUGAGCCAGAUUUGAAGCGACAUCUUCAGUCAUUAGCAUGCGCGAAAUUCAAGGUUCUGAAAAAGCACCCGCCUUCCAGAGACGUCAAUCCGGACGAUUCGUUUUCCUUCAAUUCAGACUUCUCCGCGUCUAUGCAACGAAUAAAGAUAAGUACUGUCUCUGCGGCUGCAAAGGUCGAGGAUCCAGAAGAGCGGAAGGAGACGAUGGAUCGUAUUGACCAAGAGCGAGGACACCAAAUUGACGCUUGCAUUGUUCGCAUAAUGAAGAAUAGGAGACACAUGACGCAUACGGACUUGAUCAACGAGGUGACGAGGCAGCUCGCAAGUCGAUUCGCGCCUCAACCGUUGGGAAUCAAAAAGCGGAUAGAAAACCUAAUCGACAGAGAUUAUUUGGAGAGGUGUGAGGAUAAGAAAUCGUAUAAUUAUCUUGCAUAGUCAAACUACUUCGUGUUUAAUGUACCAUUGCAACCGUCUUUCCUACUCGCAUAUGUACGAAGAAACAAUUCACUGACCUGUACUCAUUCAUUAUCAAUUAAGCUUGUUCAGG